AUGUCCAGUCGUACCGUCGUUCCUCGUACCCGAAAGCGAAAAGAUCCCUCGUUGAAGGCUCCUUCUACCUUACGGAACGAUCGCUUGGCUGAUUCCAUUGAAUCGUUUGGUUACGACGUCAUGCCGUGUUCCUUUUGUUCCGCCCGUGGUCUUCGUUGCAAGAUGAUUGAGCGUUCCUCCAAGUGCGGGGAAUGCGUGCGGCGGGGGCGUUCCUGUGAUGCUUCUGGUGUCGCGAUUAGCUCGCUUGGUCGCAUUAUUUCCGAAUCGAAACGUUUGGAUCAGGAGGAAGAGAGAGCGGAAGAGCAAAUGCUCAAGGCUCAGGCUGAGUUGAAUGAAGCGCUGGCCCGUCUAGCGCGACUGCGCCGCCAAAAGCGGCAGUUGGUUACCAAGGGUCAACAAAUGACUCGCUUGGGUCUGCAAUCGCUGGAUGAGUUGGAGGAGGAGGAGCGUCGCGAAUCCGAGGCUGUUAUCGAUGCGCAAUCUCUAGGCGCUAUUGACGUGUUGGAUUGGAACGCUGUGUUUGGGGAUGCCUUGUUGAAUGCUGCUGGUGAUACUGCCGUAAUAGGUGCUGGCAAUUCUUCAGGUGCUCCGUAG